AUGUUCGGGGCUCGUAAAAAAACACAGGAUUCGGAGCAUCUGGCGCGUCUUCAGAAGGAGUUCGAGACUGACUUCAGCAAUAAAGUGGAAGUACCAGUUAAUCGGUCAUGGGUGCGCGGCGAAGUCGUCCAGCGCGGCAACACCGGCAUGAAUAUGGCCAGCCACAAUUUAGCGGCAAAGAACUCGCUCUACCGACCCGAACUCCAACAGCAGCAUAAGGGCCUUAAUCAAAAUGCGUUUCAAAAAACAGCUUCUCCAAAUGCGAUUGACUCCUUGGAAGCUAACGCAAAUAAGCCUAAUAAGCCAAAGUUUGGCAAAAAAACUGAAAAGAAAAAAUCUCAAAUGGAGAUUUUCAAAGAAGAAAUAAAAGCUAAACACGAGGCAGCAGAGGCCCUAAAGGCCAAGCAAAAGGAAAAGGCCAAAUUGACUGGCAUUCCUGUUGACUACAAUCCAAACUUUAAUGCUCAAGCUAUUUCAGACCAGGGCGACCCACAUUCGACGAACAUCUUCAUCGCGUCCCUCAGCAGUCGAUGUACCGAAGAGGACGUAACUCGUCACUUCGGACGAUUCGGGCCGCUCGUUUCCGUAAAGAUCAUAUCCCAAUACAACUGCGCAUUCGUUGCUUAUUGCUGCAGAAAUGACGCGGAACGAGCAAUGAGCAAGCUGCAAAACACAGACUUCAGAGGAGUUGACUUGAAGCUUGGCUGGGGCAAAGCCGUUCCCAAUAUUCAGUUGCAGAAUCCACUGUACGUUCCAGAUCGGUUGAAGUGGCUCCUGACACCGCCGAAGCAGUCGAACUUGCCGCUAAACGCACAGCCACCCCCAAACUUUCAACACUCGAAUUUCGAACGGGAUCUGCACAAGUGCACGGUGCGUGUUGUGAUUCCCAACGACGCAGCGCUGACUCGACUGAUCAACCGAACUGUCGAGUUCGUCGUCAAACAAGGGCCUAUGUUCGAAGCGAUGCUGAUGGACAAAGAGGCAAACAAUCCCAUGUUUCAGUUUCUUUACGACUUCCAGUGUCCUGCGCACUCCUAUUACAGGUGGCGUCUGUAUUCAAUUUUGAAUGGUGAAUCGUUCACUUUCUGGAGAACAAAUCGCUUCAAGCUCUACGCCGGUGGACCCUGGUGGAAGCCCCCGAUUCUUCCUUUCAUCACACAUGGAAUGCCCGACAGUGACGAGGACGAUUUCGAUUCCGAUCCGCGAGACUCGAGACCAGGAUUUGCCCCCAUUGGAAGAAAUUCUGUAAGUCAAUUUGACGAUGAGCCGCGAGCUGGUCUUGGAGCAUCACGAGAGCCUGAACUUGCUCCACGAUCGGAUUGGGAUCCUAUUGACAACUCAAAGAAUGACUAUCAGAAAGAGAAGAAAGAGGAGAGCUCGAAAAUGUCAUCUGUUUACAGAAACGAAUUUGAUUCGGCUUUGAACACUCUCACCCCUGUUCGCGAUCUGGUAGGUGAUCUAAUGGCACUCUGCAUCGACCAAGUUGAUCACGCUCAAGAAAUCACCGAAGCGAUCAUCGAAUCGGUCAUGGCAGACGAAUGCUCGUUAGACCAGCGUCUGGGUAGAAUCUACCUCAUCUCUGAUAUUCUUUACAAUGGUUCUGCAGCGCCGAAAGCGUCCAAGUAUCGAAUCCUCUUUGACCAGCACCUUGAGAAGAUCUUCGAGAAGAUGCACUCGGUGCACAGCGCAAUCAAAACACCCUUCGUCGCGGACCAGUUCAAAAAUCGUAUUAAGACGCUCUUCCAGGCGUGGACAGCUUGGAGUCUUUUUACAAACGAAACUUUGAUCAAGUUACACAACAUCUUCAUGGGGAUCGAAGAGGAGAAAAAGGAAGCAGAGUCAUCAUCGGAGGACUCCGAUGUCGAUGGUGUCGAAAUCGAUGACAAGCCCGAAGCGGCUGAGUCCAAGAAAGCAACUUCAUCCGAUGAAGAUGAAGACGACGUUGACGGGGUUCCCCUGGAACAGGCAAAGCCCGCUGCCGCACAAGAGCCAGCGCAAAAGAAGCCAGCGCCGAGCACAAGUGCGAGUGGUGCGAAACCCGCUGGAGUUGGAUCCGGCUUCGUCGCAUCCAAAUGGGAAGCUCGGAGAGAUCUUCGCCGACUUGAAGAAGAUGGAGCAGGAGAAAAAGAGAAACGAAGAAAUGGACGACAAAAAGAGGCCAAGCCUUUGUAUCUUCAAUCGGACGCUUGGAGAAAAGCGAUAAGAGACGUCGAAGUCAAGGUCAUCGAAUACUGCGAGCAGUUGAGAGUGGUGGACGAUUCAAUUCAAGCAGAAACUUAUAGAAGUGGACUAAUUGCCAAACUCGCCGAGAAGUUCAAAAACGACCCAAGCAUUUGGGAGGAGAGUCCUCGUAGUAGUCCAACCAUGAAAAGAGAAGUCGGUCGCGUGAUCGAAGAAGACGCUCUCGUUCGAGGUCUAGAUCGAGGGAAAGAAGGAGGAAAAGAAGAUAGCUUCUGA